AUGCGCCGCGCCGCCGCCGCCGUGGCGGCGCCACUGGCGACGGACCCGCAGCUCCUGGCGGCGGCGGUCGAGGCGGCGAUCGCCUCCCGCUCUCCGCGACUCGGACGCGCGGCGCACGCGCGUGCCCUGAGGCUACUCGCCCCGGCCAUCCCGCCCUUCAUCUGCGCCCACCUCGUCAACCUCUACUCCAAGCUCGACCUCCCGGGGCCCGCUGCCGCCGCCCUGGCAUCCGACCCGAGCCCCACCGUCGUGUCGUACACGGCGUUCAUCUCUGGCGCAGCGCAGCACGGGCGCCCUGCCCAGGCGCUCUCGGCCUUCGCCGCCAUGCUCCGGCUCGGCCUCCACCCCAACGACUUCACCUUCCCAUCCGCAUUCAAGGCCGCCGCGUCCGCGCCGUCGCGGUCAACCAUCGGGCCCCAGGUACACGCCCUCGCGCUCAGGUUCGGGUACCUCCCCGACGACGCCUUCGUGGCGUGUGGGGCGCUGGACAUGUACUUCAAGACUGGCCGCCUCGCGCUGGCACGCCGCCUGUUUGAGGAAAUGCCCUACAGGAACGUGGUCGCCUGGAACGCCGUGAUGACCAACGCGGUGCUUGACGGAAGGCCCGUUGAGACGGUGGAGGCGUACUUUGGGCUCCGGGAGGCUGGUGGUAUGCCGAAUGUGGUCUCGGUCUGUGCAUUCUUCAACGCGUGCGCUGGGGCGACAUAUCUAUCCCUUGGGGAGCAGUUCCAUGGCUUCGUAGUGAAGUGUGGGUUUGAGAUGGAUGUCUCCGUCUCCAAUUCUAUGGUCGAUUUUUAUGGGAAGUGUCGAUGUGUAGAGAAGGCCAAGGCGGUGUUUGAUGGCAUGGGAGUUCGGAACAGCGUGUCCUGGUGUUGUAUGGUUGUUGCAUAUGCGCAGAACGGUGGAGAGGAGGAAGCUUUCUCGGCCUACCUGGGUGCAAGAAGAGCUGGGGAAGAGCCAACAGAUUUCAUGGUUUCCAGUGUGCUCACCACGUGUGCGGGACUGCUAGGCCUUGACCAAGGGCGUGCUCUGCAUGCAGUUGCUGUCCGUUCUUGCAUUGAUGCAAACAUUUUUGUUGCAAGUGCUUUGGUUGACAUGUAUGGGAAGUGUGGGGGUAUCGAAGAUGCUGAACAGGUCUUUCUUGAUAUGCCGCAGAGGAAUCUUGUUACAUGGAAUGCAAUGGUAGGAGGUUAUGCCCAUAUUGGUGACGCUCGGAAUGCACUUGCAGUGUUUGAUGAUAUGAUAAAGUGUGGAGAAACAGCACCCAAUUACAUCACACUUGUCAAUGUCCUCGCAGCAUGCAGCAGAGGAGGUUUGACAAAAGAAGGAUAUGAGCUGUUCAAGACAAUGAACGAUAGGUUUGGGAUUAAGCCGCGAAUUGAGCAUUAUGCUUGUGUGGUGGACUUGCUUGGUCGUGCAGGAAUGGAAGAACAAGCUUAUGAGAUCAUACAGGGUAUGCCAAUGAGGCCUUCCAUUUCUGUCUGGGGAGCGCUACUUGGGGCAUGCAAGAUGCAUGGUAAAACAGAGCUAGGAAAGAUUGCUGCUGAGAAGUUGUUUGAACUUGAUCCUCAGGACUCUGGCAAUCAUGUUUUGCUCUCUAACAUGUUAGCAUCUGCUGGCAGAUGGACAGAAGCAACAGACGUGAGGAAGGAGAUGAAAAAUGUUGGAAUCAAGAAAGACCCAGGGCGCAGCUGGAUUACCUGGAAAAAUGUUGUACAUGUUUUCCAGGCUAAGGACACAAAACAUGAGAUGAAUAAUGAGAUCCAGGCGUUACUGGCCAAGCUCAAAAGUCAAAUGCAAGCUGCUGGAUACAUGCCAGACACACAAUACGCUCUCUAUGAUCUUGAGGAAGAAGAGAAGGAAUCGGAGGUGUUUCAACACAGCGAAAAGCUUGCUCUGGCUUUUGGAUUGAUCUGUAUACCACCUGGUGUACCUAUAAGGAUCAUGAAGAAUUUGCGAAUUUGUGUAGAUUGUCACCGAGCUUUUAAAUUCAUAUCUGGUAUUGUUGGUAGGGAGAUAAUUGUGCGAGACAACAAUAGGUUUCAUCACUUCAAAGAUUAUGAGUGCUUAUGCAAGGAUUAUUGGUGAAAGUUUUAUCUGCAGGAUCUAGUGAUGCAUGCUUCUUUGGGCAUUUCUGGAACCGCUUCUGCAAAUAUAGAAGAAGAAUCAGAUGGAAAUAGACCAACUGGCCAAAUUUAUUCAGGUUUCAGCUUCAGCUGUGGUUGGCGAAUGCUAUCAGGAUGGGAAAUAGGACCACAGAAAAAUAGACUGGCAAAUCAGAACAAGGGACUAGCAAUAUCCUCGGUUCCAACAUUUGGCAUGGUGGAGGGAGGAAGUGCAAUCAUUGGCUGUGGAGCACUAACGCCCAGCAUAUUUAUUGCAGCCUUGCAGGUAUCUUGGAGAGCAGUUUCGAAGAAAUGAAGCGCACAUCAUGCUCAGUGUAUUCAUACUCUGGGACAAGAGGGGUGCUUUCGGCUCAGCUCAGAAAUCCAUGAUAUUCCUCCAAUGUUCAAACACUGUGGUACUUUCUCAGCUCCGCCUUCCAUGAUGUUCCACGGUGUUGGAAUGCUGCACGGGAGAGCUGCAUGUCAUUGUAUUAAUAGGAAGAAAAAGGUUCCAUUACAUGCUGAAUCCACAGCCUGGAUUAGUUUUUGUUUGCUGCUUGUCGUUUUAGGAUUAGCCACAUGAUAUGGCGCUGAGCUUUUGUGUCUGCACUCUGCACAGCCUGCUGGUGCUCGUCAUGACAAAGGCAAUCCUGGCAUUGGCAUAAGAGAUUUUUGUAACAGCCAGGUCUCCAUUCCGAUUGUCUUAUUUCCUUCUUGGAUUUCACAUGAAAGAUCCUAUAUGUCCAGGCACACAAUCAAUAUAAUUGUCGAGUUAAGAUUUCUACCUGAUGUUUAUCUCAUUGCAUUGCAGUGGAAAUGCUUAUGAUGAUGCGCUGCUAGCUAAGUUUGAAAGUGUCUACACAGAUUCUGGGGACCAUAGCUCUACAAUGGUUGUCGUUGAUGCUUAUUACUUCCCUUCGCCUACCUCCUGCUAUCAGUAUUGCUAGUAGUUGGUUUUCAACGUUGAGCUAGGUCUCCCUGUUCUUCCUGAGUAGCUAAGCUUCAACGGAGUGGCUCACACGCCGUCCUUCGUGAACGAUUCGGCGGUAGCGCCAAAUAGACCCAACAUGGGUACAACCACGAUUCUACAACCACAUGUACAAUUCAAUACCCAAACUUUCCUAACCUUGAUAGAAGUAUAGAGCAAAGAUGGUUCACAAGCAUGAAACAUCAAGCCUCGCAGCCAACCAUAGAGACAGGA